ACUGCCCGCCAGGCCUCGGAGCUGGAGCUGCAGCGCUCGGGGACCCCCGGGACGCCCCCGGCCCCCCAGGACUUGGUGUUCGGGAAGGUUUUCACCGACCACAUGCUGACGGUGGAGUGGGAGCGGGAGCGGGGCUGGGGGCGGCCCCACAUCCGCCCCUUCCAGGAGCUGCGGCUGCACCCGGCCUCCAGCGCCCUGCACUACGCCGUGGAGCUCUUCGAGGGCCUCAAGGCUUUCCGGGGCGACGACGACAAAAUUCGGCUUUUCCGGCCCGAGCUGAACGUGGAGAGGAUGCAGAGAUCGGCCCGGAGGGUCUGCCUGCCUGUGAGUGACAAAAAAACCCAAAAAAACCCAAAAAUCACCCCAAAAUAACCUCAAAAAUAAUUA